AACAGACGUGUCUGGUGGUUCUUUUAACAGCACCUGGUAUUUAGCUGUGGGCUGUGGUCGCGGGCAACCCAUGCGUCAAUUGAUCAACUCACACUUGGCCGUCCGUCUUCUACUAUGGCUCUCCUCUCGCGAUAUGGCUUUCUAGCCAUUGCUGUAGUCUUUCACGUCGUGUACUUCCUCUCUAUUUUCGACAUCUACUUUGUCAGUCCCAUCGUUGGUGGCAUGCGUCUCUUUCCACCAAAGGGCUCUGCUCAUGCCGAAGCACCAGCGGACCGUCUUGUCCUCUUUGUUGGUGACGGACUCCGCGCGGAUAAGGCGUUCCAGUGGUUCCCGGAACCGUACCCACAGAAUGCAGACGACCUCGACCCUCGGCCUCUCGCCCCUUUUCUCCGAUCUCGAGUAUUACAUCAUGGAACCUUUGGAGUGUCUCAUACCAGGGUGCCGACAGAGUCUCGUCCAGGACAUGUCGCGCUUAUUGCGGGCCUAUAUGAAGAUGUUUCGGCGGUAGCUACAGGAUGGAAGCUCAACCCUGUCAACUUUGACAGCGUCUUCAAUCGUAGUCGGCAUACAUGGAGCUGGGGUAGCCCGGAUAUUCUGCCAAUGUUCCAACAGGGAGCUGUUCCUGGGCGUGUCGAUGCCUUUACAUACGGGCACGAAUUUGAGGACUUUUCCCAGGACCCUCUAGAGCUGGACUAUUGGGUCUUUAAUAAUAUCAAAGACUUCUUUGCCGAGGCAACAAGAAAUGAAACCCUCAAUGCAGCUUUGCGACAGGAUAAGUUGGUCUUCUUUCUUCACUUGCUGGGAAUUGACACUUCCGGCCACGCCUACCGGCCAUACUCGAAGGAGUAUCUCAAUAACAUCAAGGUUGUGGACAAAGGGAUACAAGAGAUCACCAAACUGAUGGAAGAUUUCUACGGGGAUGGUCGAACGGCAUUCGUCUUCACAGCCGACCACGGGAUGAGCGACUGGGGUAGCCACGGCGAUGGCCAUCCCGAUAACACCCGCACACCGUUGGUUGCUUGGGGCUCAGGGGUUGCCGCGCCCGUCCUUCAACGUGGCUCAGUUGCAGCUGGCCACGAUGAGUAUUCUCUGGAGUGGAAGAUGGAUGAGGUCCAGCGCCAUGAUGUUGCACAGGCUGACAUCGCAGCACUGAUGGCCUACCUAAUAGGCACAGAAUUUCCUGCCAACUCAGUUGGAGAACUUCCCCUCGCAUAUGUCUCCUCCGAUCUCAGGGAUAAGGCAGAGGCGUCCCUUGUUAAUGCACGCCAAAUUCUCGAGAUGUACUGUGUGAAAGAAGAACUAAAGAAAAGCAAGGAGAUCCGUUUCAGACCAUAUGGACCACUAAGUGGCGAAAAUAACACUGCGGAGCGCAGACUCUCUGACAUACGAACCUUGAUCGACACAGCCUCCUUCGAGGAAGCCAUCGAGGAAUCAGCAGCUCUCGUGAAAACAGCACUCGAAGGUAUGAGAUACUUUCAAACAUACGAUUGGCUUUUCCUCCGAACUCUCAUCACCGUUGGGUAUCUGGGGUGGAUGGCCUAUGCCCUUACCGGUAUUAUCAACAUUUAUGUCCUUGGUGGCGAGGAAAGGCCUUCCAGGACUCUAUCGGGGGUGACCUUCUUCUCUGCCAUGCUGGCCAUGCUUUAUGCGUCAUUCAUUAUUUCCAAGGCUCCUCUCACCUAUUAUGCUUAUGCAUUCUUCCCGGUUAUCUUCUGGGAGGAGGUCUAUGCGCGACGGCACAGUAUUGCCAUUGGUCGUCGAAUCCUUUUUGGCCAUGUCACGUCGGGAUCUAGCAUCGCGUCUAUUCUGGUUAGCACCACUGCUUACCUCGGAAUCGUCUUUUCUUUGGCUGCAGGAUACGUUCAUCGUGAACUUCUCACCCUUCUUUACCUUCUGGCUAUUUUCUGGCCUCUAUCGUACGGGACCAGUUUCAUUAAGAAAAACAUCCUCGUUGCCACCAUAUGGGCAUUGUCGUGCCUCUCAAUGAGCAUCUUCACACUGUUACCGGCCAACAAAGUUGAAAACAUCGAUCUAAUCAUGGCUGGUGGGGUCUUGAUGCUCGUUAUAGGUGUAGCAUACCUCGCCCUAGAAGACCGCAUAUUGACUUCUUGGUCGGGAGAAUGUCACGGCGCAAUUAAACCUGUCGGAUUACCGAUGUCAAGAGCAUUGACUGGUGCUCAGGUGGGCCUCGUACUAUUGUCUGUGGUAGUCACUCGCUCCAGUUCCCUAUCUCUGCAGGCGAAGCAGGGUGUUCCACGGGGAAAUCUGGUCGUCGGUUGGGCGGUGCUCGUCAUCUCUCUUCUCAUGCCUCUAGCACACAGACUACAGCCAAACAACCACUACAUGCAUCGAUUGAUGGUGAUGUUUCUAACCUGCGCCCCGACCUUCGUCAUCCUGACGAUUUCGUAUGAGGGGCUGUUCUACGUGGCGUUCAGCAUGCUCCUGGUUGUUUGGGUCAACCUCGAGCACAAAAUAUACAUCUUCGGGAGAUCCAAGGGAGAUCAAGUCAAUGACCGUGUAGCGAACAAGCGACAGACUCUGUCUGGGUUACAGGCGUGUCGACCCCUGAGCCUCGCAGAUGCACGUGUGGCGCUCUUCUUCUUCGUGCUCCUACAGUCAGCCUUUUUUAGCACAGGCAACGUGGCCUCGGUCUCGUCCUUCAGCCUGGAGAGCGUGUACCGCCUGAUGCCCUUGUUCGAUCCGUUCUGGCAAGGACUCUUACUCGUCAUUAAGCUGAUGAUUCCCUUUACGCUCAUUUCAGCCAACUUGGGCAUUCUCAACAAGCGUCUGGGCGUGGCUCCCUCGGCACUUUUCAUGGUUGUCAUGGCCGUCAGCGAUCUGCUGACACUAUAUUUCUUCUGGGUGGUCAGAGACGAGGGCUCGUGGCUCGAGAUUGGUUCUACUAUCAGUCACUUCGCUAUUGCGAGCCUGCUCUGCGUCUUUCUCGCUUUGCUGGAAGGCGUAAGUGCUAUGUUUAUUGCGGGGGUCGAGGUGGAUAAUGGUAUGAAGCAAGGCGGCUCUCUGGCCAAUGUCCGAGUAGGGAGGACAGGGAGGCUAGAUGUUGGUGAAGUUGCAUUCUCUCCGUAGGUUGUGGAUUAUAAGGAGCAGUUUGGUUUAGAUAUCUUCCCGGGCUAUAAUAUUACUAGAAUAUAAGGAUCUAAAAUGUACUAUUUUUUAUAAUUCGCUUAGUUAGCUGGU